AUGCCCUUCUUCACUCGUGUUUUUCGGAGUAAGGACUCCAAUUCUUCGAAAAAGGCCGCCCAACGCCAGGUCGUCGAAGACGCCGGUCCUGCAAAACCUACAUGGACUGAUGCCUGGCAACGGACGGAGGUGGCCCCGGAGGAGGUUCAGGACCUGCUAAGAGGAUGUACUCAGGAACUGAAAUCGCGAGCUCUACAAACACCGUUUCUACUCUUACCCUUUCGUCCCAGCUCGGAUUCCAGUGCCGCUCGUUCCUUUAUCCGCAAUUACUUCAACCAGUCCGUGGAGAGAGGCUCUCCUCUCAACGGAGAUGCCUUGUCGCAAGAGCUACGCCUUUCGGACCCCACGGUUCUCUGCAGUGUGAUGAAAUGGUGCUGGGGACGACUCCCCGGAGGAGUUGUCACCUGGGAGGCCUACGAGUUGUUCAAGGUCGGCGAGCAAGAUUCUCAAUUUGCCCGUGAUGCAUUCUCGACGUUCAUUCCGAUCAGCGUAGACUCAGAUGCCCGGUCCAAAAUUAUCUUUGACUUUUUCGACCUCCUAACAGCGGUCGCGGCCCAUGGGAAGUCCAACGGUCUUGGAGGCCGAAAGCUCUCCCGAUACGCCGGCUGGUGGGCUUUUGAACAUACGGAUACGGCUAAUGGGUUUGAAGGCGCCUAUAAAAAUUGGAUGGCUGCUGCGGACGCAACUAGUCACUUGUUCUUCGCCUAUCUGCGUUCUAUGUCUCCCGAGUCCCGUGAGAUGGGCAGUAUAUCCACCCUUCCAAUUGCUUUGCAGUCCUUGCUCCAAGCGACAGAGUACCCACCUGAGACGCCCACCCUUCUUCAGGUCUCAACCACUAAGGUAAUCAUGAUCGUCGAUACGGUCUCACCCACCCCGUUUGCUCUUCUGCGCCGCGCAGGGAACUUUGAGUAUCGAGACAGUGACCGACAUCUACAAGAGUUCGCCAAUUUCGAAGACCCCCUGCGCGCUUUGACCGACGAAUGCCUCCGUGUGUUGAAAUCCAUCUCGUCCACGAAUCAGUCCACUGCACCGGAUCCGUCGACAUCAACUCGGGAGGCAUCUUGGUCCAGAUUCGAGGACUUCGGCUUUGGAGGUUCUCUGGAGUAUGACUUUGAAGACGAUGCUAGAGCAUCUUCCUCGGCAAGGAGGGAGUUCGGAAGCGGACUGAGGUCGGCCCCUCAAUCCGGUGGAGGUGGCCUUGGUCGUCCCACUACCCCGUCGUGGGCAGACUUCAUGUCGUCCGGCUUCAGCGAUGACAACUUCUUCAAGUCUCCAAUUGCACCCGUGCUGCUUCCACCAGACAAGAUUCUGCCUCCUAUUGCGACCAUCCGGGGCCAGAGUUCCCAGUCACAUAGGCGCGGCCUGGUUACUGAAGAAUCUAUGGAGCGGGGUGAGCUGGCAAGUAUCACUACGUUCGACCUCGACGACUCCUUCUGGUGGGUGUGGAUCAGCAGCUUGGCGAGUGAGGAGUCGCCGCUCCGAAAAGCGGUGUUUGGGCGAUGUGCGCUGCUCGAAACGAUCAUCAAGGAUGCGAAGUGGCUAGUUCUGGAGGAACAGGUCAAGGGCGCAGCCUCAGAUCCCGAGCCCGGUGCACACAUCGUCGAAAAGAAAGGCCUCUUUGGAUUUUCAACCCGCAAAAGACUUGGGCGUCGCAAAUCCACGGCCAAGAAGGUGAGUGCCUUCGAGGAGUCAUACGCACGAUCCGACAAUCAGGCCCCGCAGAGCAAGACCAGCAUUGGUCCUGACCAGCAUGCCCGCAUCCAGGCUGCUGCAGCCGCGCUGCAGAGGAAGCAUCGAGAACAGGAAGCCGCCAAUGGAUCUAAAGCCAACAUUCCGGAUGAUAGAUACUCGACAAAGACCAAUUCGGUCAUGACCUUACAGCCAGGGAUCGUAAACGAGGCGUCGCAAGCCAUGAAAUGGGCCAGGAAUUACGACAAGAAUGCGUACCGAUCCGCCUAUCUGAGCAACAGCCGCGCAGGAACAGGUGCCCCAGCGGAUGAGACGGAAGAACCUACAAAAAACAAAACUAGCUUGCCGCCGUCGCCGACAGCAAGCGCAAUUACGCGACAGCCUCCUCCCCCCUUGCCAAAGGAUACCGAGUCUAGCUCCCCAGCACCUGCGGCGUCCAAGGAGGCUGCUGAUGAAACCCCUAGCAGCCGAAAUAACAGCACCUGUGAAAGGGAAGGCACGGAAUCGCUUCCCAAGAAAUCAAUGGACUCGACCGAUGACUCGGGCCGGAAGCUGAAAAAGAAACAAGGCAAUACGGGGUUCAAGGGUAUAUUCGGAACAGUCAAGAAGAAGAACGUCCCUGAAUCAAGGCCACCUAUGAAGUCGACUGGCGCCGACCAGUCCACUGUUGCAAACGCUCGCGCCGCCUUAGAGAGUAAAGUGAUAACUUCACAGCAACCGGUCACCCACAUGUCUACUAAGGGGCCUUCGAUGCUGAAGAAAAAGCCUAUAUCCGCGACUCCUACAUCCGAGAUUCGCGAGACUAGUGUGGAGGUGGCAGCCGCACCGCAAGUACCCCAGAAGCCAGGGCCCCAGCAGAAUGAGGCAAAGGAUCACUCUCACAAAACCCCCAGCGCAUCUAGAGUCAAUGGUGGGCAAAACAGCAGAAGUGGUCGUGAAACCGAAUACAAUGCACUUUCGCGCGUAAACACCUCUGAACAAGCAGCAGCUGACCAGGAGUUCUCGAAGUUUGAUCAAGGACCCCUAGUGGACCAACCGGCUUUUGUUCCAGCAGAUUCUCCUGUGUCAGACUCAUUCCCUGACCCGGAGAAGCCUGACUCGGUAGCGAAGACAACCUCUGAGCCGCCCGUCGAGCCAAAAGCUGAUAGUUCCGAGACUAGCACUCCUGUGCAGACAAACCCUUCGUUCGAUCGUUGGGCACAGAUUCGCAAGAACGCUGCAGAAAGGGCUCAAGAUGCGGCUCCAGUAAAGGAAACAUGCCCCGAUGAAGCGGAUAACAGCGACGAUACCAGCGAGGAAGAGACUUUUGAAACUCGUGCAGCUCGGAUUAAGGCCCGCGUGGCUGAAUUGACCGGCAACAUGCAGGCUUCUUCCACCUAA